AUGUCGGCGCCCACUAUCAUCCCGGAUCGCACAUUGCACGAUGCAAUUAUUGCCGCGCUCUCUCUCGAGACUCAGUCCGAGAAAGAAGAAGCCCUGACUGCGGCGCUCAAAAGCUGGCAAAACCAUGGCGACGGGACUUGCUCUCCUCACCUACUCGUUCACGUACUUCAAAACGUGUACAAGCUCCCAGAGCUACCUACGACACUCAAAGACCAGGACGCGUCGGACUUUGAUACACUGAAAAAGGUCUGCAAAGAGCUCAAGUUCACAUUAUUCUUCGCGUCCGUAAAGAAACUGCUCGGCUGUAAUCUCUUCGUGGAAAUCCGCGGUGCCCGGAGAUGGGAGAACAGCCGGCCCAAAAUCGAUCCAACCAAAGAUCACACUAUUAGGGUCGAUCAACUAAACUUAACGCGAGUCAUUGACUUGGAGGGAAAGCUACGUGCAUUGCGACUACCCGUGCGAGAUACUGAAGUCACACAGAAGGAAGCCUUCACACAUGAUACUGCUCAGAUUGAAACUGAGGUUGAAGGGAAAGAGAUGGGUGGUGGUAUGGAGGCUGAGCUAUUUCACCAGCAUGUCAAAACUGCGCUCGUCAUCAUACCUCCGCGCAAUUUUCGCGCCUUCGAUGUUCGUAAGCGUUUCAUGCUCAGUCCUGAAGGCAAAGGAGUCGAAGCUGCUCUCUUCAUGGUCAGUGGAUGGGAAUAUGCCAAAGCGGAACCCAUAAUCAAAAUGCUCGAUGACGCAACGGAGAAAGUACGUUCACCCGACGCAGGCCUGGCUAGUCUUCUGCAACUACAGAGACUCUGCAGGCUCUUGCUCGAAUACCACGAUCCAGGUGAUUACCGAAAAGAGGGGCAUACUUUCAUGUGCGCAAGGUUUCCCUUGAUACCCGGCGAGGUAUUGGACCAGCUGACCGCUGUGUGCAUCGAGUUUGGCCACGCGGAUCUGAGGCAGAAGGCUAUGAAACAGCUCAGUGCCUCUUUUCAACGCCAAGUACGCGCCGAUCGGACCAUCGAUGCUAUCGGUCGCUUGUUGUACAAGACACAAGAUGUCGAGCAGUUGAAGAAGGCGGACGGGUUCAUCAAAUCCCAGAACAGUAUCAAAGACAAGAUGGAGAUGUGUGGUAAAGUUCAAGCAGCUUACGACCGAGCUGGAGAUGCAGACGAGUAA